CAGAGAUGAAGACAGAGUGAGACCUCUCUGCGUUGCUCCUCUCUCUGAUCUCCAUGUGUCUGCAUGGCGCGGAUACUCCACUGCUUUUCAGCUACAUCUCUCAUCUACUGCGGGGCUGUGAGAAGGUUGUUUGCAGCUGACCUUCGGUGGCUCCAGUCUGUGAGAGGAAGAGUAGCAGCCGUCAAACAUUACACUUCAUCUUCUUCACACUCAGGGACAAGGUCCAUGAUGAAGAAGAAGCUGCUGGUGGAUGUAGACUGUGGGGUUGACGAUGCUCAGGCCAUCAUGUUGGCGCUGGCCGCCCCCAACGUGGAGCUCCUAGGCGUCACCUGCGUGCACGGAAACACCACAGUGGAGAACGUGUGCAAGAACGCACUGCGAGUUCUGCAAGCCUGCAAUAAACUGGAGAUUCCAGUCUUUAAAGGUGCAGCUAAGCCGAUCCUUGGGAACAGCCUCAGUGCGGGACACUUCCACGGGCAGGAUGGGCUGGGAGACACUCCCGACCCCAACGCUCCUGGUCUGGAGUUGGUUCAGAAGGAGGGCGCUGUAUCAGCCAUGAUCAGGAUUGUCAAUGAAAACCCAGGAGAGGUAUCUCUGGUUGCCACGGCACCCCUCACCAACCUGGCUCUGGCUGUGAGGAUGGAUCCAUCUCUACCGAGCAAACUCAGAGGGCUCUACAUCAUGGGAGGCAACACUGAAUCUCGAGGAAACACCACAGUGUGUGGUGAGUUCAACUUUGCUGCUGAUCCAGAAGCUGCUUACAUCGUACUGAACGACUACCAGUGUCCCACCUACUUGGCCUGCUGGGAGUUCACCUGCUACAGCAAGCUGUCCUGGGAGUUUUGCGACGCCUGGUUGGCACAGGACACCAAUAAAGCUCGCUUCAUGGCUCGGAUCUUCCGCCACAGCAUUGAGGUAUCGCAAAGCGAGCGCUUCGAGAAAGAGUUUGUCGCUGGCAUGGGUUUCAUUUCCUGUGACUCAUACGCCAUGGCAGCCGCCGUUGAUGAUUCAUUCAUCAUGGAGAGCGACCAAUAUCCAGUGAGUGUGGAGCUGACGGGCACACACACCAGAGGCAUGAUGGUAGUAGAUACUGUGGGCUUCUUGAAGAAGGCGCACAAGGCUUUUAUCAUGAAGAAGGUGGAUUUUAAGAAGUUUGAAGAGAUGAUGAUGGCUGCUUUACAGUAACGAGGCAUUAGUGACCAUCAUGUCCAAGAGUUCUGGCCCAGUUCUCAUCAGCUGUGCCUCUUAAGAAGUUUUGGUCUUACAACUCACAAUGAGCCAUCUCUCUGUUUGUGUUCUCAAUAAUGAGUCAACAUACUGUUUCUAACAAGUGGACUACUGUUCAACUAACUGUAACCUGUAACUGUCUGAAGCAGGAUAAAGCAGGACUGAAGACUAAUUUUGUUCAAAUGUAAUAUUGAUGCUAAUGAAGACUUAAUACUGUUUGUGUCUACUCAAUUGUAUGAUGUCACCAUCAUAAUUUUUUAAAUUUUUAUACUAGAAAUCUUUUAAUGACAGCCCCUAUAUUAAAUAUUAUAUUACAUAAAGUUUUUCAUAGCACAACACACACACUCAUCCAUUCAGAAAAAGCUCCAGCCAGUAACAGCUCAAGUUUUUUCAGUGUUACAUUUUUCUUUGGUGCAUUGUGCGUUCUUAAACAUUUGGUAGUUCUUUGUUACCCACUUUCUUGAGACGUGUCCUUUAAAUGAGGUUGUAAAGCUGCUCAUACACUGACCCACAGACCUUGUUGUGAGCAGUUUCAUAUAGGAACUGUUCCUUUUUGACAAACUACACUCAGACGAAAGGCUCAUGCUCGUGACAGUGCCAGAUGUAAACAUUAAUGGCGUCCUCCUUGGCUGAGCUGUGACGUUAGCUAGCUCAGUGGUGCUAGGUGAGCUGCACACUGAUACAGUUGGUGGGUGUAAUUCAAUAGAGAGAAAAUAGUUCCAACAUGAAACUGCUCACAGUAAGGUCUGUGCUCUAUGUUGAUUACCCAGGUCAGAAUAUACAUGAUUGUUUUUUUUUGUUGUUGUUUUUUUUAUGGUGUAUAUGUUGUAAUGGGUAUCAGGUCUCAAGGGGUAAUUAGUGGUCAUCAUCACCACUGUAUAUGGUAGCAACCUGUCUUUGUCUGAUCAGGUGUUCCACCCCGAAGGAAAAACAGUUUUUGACUGCUGAAGCAGCUUGUUACUGUGGGAGUUGCACAUAUUGUUGUUUUUUGACUAGUAUUGGAAACAUGUUCGAGUUCAAUGGACACUGACAAGUUUGUGAUGGAAAAUAAAUGGACAAAGUCUUCAACUAGCAA